GGGCAACUAAAUAAGGGGGAAGGUCAGUGUAUAUCUCUUUAUGCCAGAGCAGUUGCACCACCAGGGCUCCCCGAGGAGGAAGGCACGUGAGCAGAUGCAGAACAGGGAGGCUAUGAGCCCACAGGACUCCAAGGCAGCAGGGGCAGAGGCCAUGGAGGGACACAAGGCCGAGAGUCACAAUCAGCGGUCUAUGGAGCCCACAGCGCCCCCGCUUCCUCCUCCUUCACCACCACCAACGGGGCCGCCGGAAUACCCACGGCCCAGGCUCAUUUUCCACACUCAGCUGGCGCACGGAAGCCCAACGGGCCGAAUCCAUGGAUUCACGAAUGUCAAGGAGCUGUACGCCAAGAUUGCAGAGGUUUUCAACAUCUCUCCCUCUGAGAUUCUCUUCUGCACCCUGAACUCCCACAAAGUGGACAUGCAGAAGCUACUAGGGGGACAGAUUGGACUGGAAGACUUCAUCUUUGCUCAUGUCAGAGGGGAGACAAAAGAAGUGGAGGUGACAAAGACAGAGGAUGCGUUGGGCCUCACCAUCACUGACAAUGGAGCUGGUUAUGCAUUCAUUAAGAGGAUAAAGGAAGGCAGCACCAUAGAUCGACUGAAGACAGUGUGUGUUGGCGAUCACAUCGAGGCCAUCAACGACCAGAGCAUUGUGGGAUGUCGACAUUACGAAGUCGCCAAAAUGCUGAAAGAGCAACCAAGAGGCAUUCCCUUCACUCUGCGGCUGGUCGGGCCCAAGAGGGCUUUUGACAUGAUUGGAAUGAGGACCAAAGCACCGAAGUCUAAUGAGGGCAAGAUGGUCAAUGGAAGGGAGACCUUACGUCUCCGUUCGAAAGGUUCCGCUACCGUUCAGGAAGUGCAGAAUGAGUUUGAGGAACAAGCCACCAUGAAAGUGGACGACCUGCUGGAGAGCUACAUGGGCAUCCGAGAUUUAGAGCUCGCAACCACCAUUGUGGAGGCGGGCAAAGACAAGAAGAACCCUGAUGACUUUGCAGAGGCCCUGGACUCGGUUCUGGGAGACUUUGCAUUUCCUGAUGUCUUCUUGUUCGAUGUCUGGGGAGUAAUUGGAGAUGUCAAGAACGGCAGAAUCUAGAUUUUUAUUGAGACCUCGGAGCUGUUCUCUCUGGUACAUCCAAUUAUAAGAAGGCAUUGUAGCCUUCUCAUUUCUUACAUGAACGUUUCAUUCAUUCAUACAUGUUUAAUGCUUGAAUACAUUUAACAUUUAUGCAAGAAUCACUUCCUUCUAAAACCAUUGCAGGGACUGAAAUGUAUGUUUUGUCUGUUUUGGUCUGUAGGCACAUUAUCGCCCAUGUCUGACUGGGGUUUUGAUCAACGUUUACAUUAUCAAUAAUUAAAAGGAAUGUAGUGAAGGAAAAUAAAAACAGCACAUUGUUUAGAUCAGGUGUCUCCAACCUCUACGACGCAUAUCGAAUCAUGUGGAGGGCAACCUUCAACCUCCCUGAACUAUUCCAAUUUAUAUAAUUCUAUGUAUCUGUAUACUUUAAACUAUGUAUAAUUAAAUGUUACCUUUAGAUAAUGACUAUUCAUUUGACAGGCAGCGUAUGUGACUGCAUAUUGCUCUAAGGUGUUCAUGAUUUUGUAAUUAAUUACAUUAAUUUUAACAAUAUUUCUGUACAAACAUUUUGUAAAUUUCACAGAGACACUUUUUGGACAAUCAUUUAUGAAAGUAAAACAAAUCAUGUGAUCAAAUUUGGACUUGAAAUGUAAGGAAAUCCUCUGCAGGACUAUUGGGCACAAUGUUGGCUGCCCCUGGUUUCGAUUGUGUUUAGUUAAGACAAUUUCAUUGUGGUUUGCAAUGCUGAGAACAUCUGCAUCAACAAAACAAUUUCCAGGUUAACGUUAUUUACUCUGUUUGUAAUACUUGAACCAGACUGCUCGGUCUGUGCGAUUCUUAGAAAAAAGUGCAAAUGAUUCACACACCGGUCUUUCCUAAUUUAUUACCGGGUUCACAUCGUAUUUCCUGGUCUUUUAAUUCGGCUAUCACUACCUGUUUUCCACGACAGAGUAUUAGGGCCACAUUGAAAAAAAAAAUCUGAGAUUUUGAGAAUAAAGUUGUACAUUUAUGAAAAAAAGCCAUACAUUUCCGAGAAUAAAGUCGUAAAUUUACGAGAAAAAAGUAAUACCGUAUUACCUUUGCCCAAGGACAGAGGGCACAUAAGUCCCCCCUUUUCAUAGCUGUCUCAGGCAAUGUCUGUUACGGAGUAUUAAAAUCAUGAGAUGUCGAGAAUAAAGUUGUAACUAUACAGCAAUAAAGUUGUAACUUUAUGGUACAGGCAUUGCCUGAGACAGCUACAAAAAGGGGAAACUUACAGUAUGUGAGCUUUGGCCUUGGGCAUGGGCAGGGUAAGGAAGGCGGAAGUGAGGAGGGCUACACAUGCUAAUCUGUUCGUGCUCAACUGCUCUUGUUGCCAAGUUAUAAAUCAAAGCUCGCCUGAAAGAAAGACGAAAGCUUCCUUCCUUCCUGAUGCUCUAUUUUCCCUCUGACACGUAAUAUUACGUUAUUCUCGUAAAUGUACAACUUAUGACUUUAUUCUUGUAAAUCUAUUACUUUAUUCUCGAAAUCUCAGAUUAAAAAAAAAAAAAAAAUGUUUAUGUCGCCCUAACACUCGGUCGCAGUUUUCCUUGCCGACAGCGCCUCCUCCAUUUUUAUUUUCAUUACAAACUUCUCCAUCUUCAUGGAGCCUGUGUACUUCUUCUCCAGCCUGUUGAUUAG